AAACUCAUUUCAGCACGUUCGUACUCGUGCCUUCCUGGACCGGUAAUAAUAACAACUAAAUUAAGGCUCAAUCCGCAUUUAUAUUUUAAUUUUAUUAUGGGUAUUUUAUUAUCUGCAUGCGUGUAUUAGAAUUUCCAGUUAUUUUAUUUUCUCAUAAAUAUAGUGUUUUUUUUUUCACAAUACAUGGAAUGAAUCCUGGUUCAUAACUGACAACGCUUGGUCAAGCUUUUUUCCAAUUUAUUUAAAAAAAAUUGAAUAGAGUGCAAUGGCGCAUUAAUUCCGGAAGAGCAAGGAAAAGAAGAAGGAAUAGUUUAAGGAGAAUGAAGUAUAGAAAGACAAUUUCCUUUAGAAUUUACUAUUUUUUUUCUUAAUUUUUUUCUCAAAAAAGUUUUAAGGAAUAGUUUGUUUGUUUAUUUUCUCAAAAAGAAAAAAAAAAAGGAAUAAAAUAGACACAAAUGGAAUUAAACAUUAGAUAAAUAGGAUCGAGAAAGGAUGUUGAGUUGGUUCCUCGUUGGGUUUGUUGCGGGGAUUUGUGCAAUUCUGAGUUUUGAACUGUUGGUAGUGUUGUUUGUGUUGAAUCUAUUGAAUCGUAAGAUUAAACAAAGGAUCAAAAAAGAAACUCAUGCAGCAGAUGCAGCAGUUCGUAAUCCCCAAGAUUCCUUUGAUUCCAUUUGCAACUUGCAGGGGAUUGUUUGGGUUCUUGAACCAGGGAAAAUUCCAACGAAGGAGCAGAAGAGAAAAAGGGAGACGGUGGAGGUUUCUCCUGCUCGAAGACAUGCUAAAAUCCAAGAUGGUUAUCUGACUUUGGCCAAUUCUGAUUCUUCUUGCACAAUUAUUCCCCUCAAGGGCUGCAUCAUUCAGGCUGUUUCUGCUACUAGUUUACCCUCAAGGAAAUGGGCCAAGAGAUAUCCAAUAAAAGUUGAGAGCAAGACUAAAGUAAUUUACAAUGCAAGUAAAAUCAUUUACCUAUAUCUAGAUACUGCCUGGGAAAAGGAGUCAUGGUGCAAAGGUCUUCGUCUUGCUUCAUGUGAGGACAAUGAAAAGCUGAACUGGUUCACCAAGUUGAAUGUGGACUUCCAAGCUUAUAUGGCAUUGCUAAACGCUGGAUAUUCCUCAUUUAUGAAGCCCUCCUUAGGUUUCAGUGCUGAGCCAAUAGAGAAGGGAAGCAAGUCUGAUGGAAUAUCAAAAGUUAAAUUGUUUUGGAAAAGACUGUCAAGAAAGAGUUCAAAAUCUGGUUCAGAAAAAAAGGGAAAUUCGGGUAAUCAAUCCAUCCGUGAAGAGAGAAAGUCCUUUGAGAAACAACACCAAUUUCAAGAUUCAGUGUCAGGCAAGACGUCUAACAGUUCAACUGAAGAAAAUAUACCAUUUACAUUGCCACAAGGUUUUCCUCGUUCAGCAAGUCAAAGUUGUGCUUCUGUUAUUUCUGAUGCUGAUUCUGAACUAGACAGGCUUAAUUACGAUGAAGGAAUACUUUGCUGGAACUUGUUAAUUUCUCGAAUCUUUUUUGAUAUCAAAGGCAGUGCAGACUUGAAAAGUUCCCUUCAACAACGGAUUCAGAGAACAUUGUCCAAUAUGAGGACCCCUAAUUACAUAGGUGAAGUCGUUUGUACCAACAUAGACAUUGGGAAUCUCCCACCUUAUAUCCAUGCGAUGAGGCUUCUUGGCAAUGACAUGAAUGAGGUGUCGGCAUUUGAGGUUGAUAUGGAAUAUUCUGGUGGAGCUCUGUUACGUGUUGAAACAAGACUUGAAGUUCGUGACCAAGAUUUUCAGAAAGGCAUAGUGGAUACAACUUCAGAAUCAAAUUCUGUUGAGGAUAUGUCUUCGGACCUUCUUGAAGGAUUUGAGCAUUUUGGAAAGCAUUUGAAUCUUCCAAAAGAGGAUAUGGUCGACCCUAAAAUUGAUAGUGUAAAAGGCUCUAAGGGUACAUUGAUGUCUCGAUGGAAGUCUGCCGUGAAUAACGUAGCCAAACAGGUCUCACAGGUGCCUUUGACUUUGUCAGUACGGGUUGCAUCCCUUCGAGGAACACUGCGUUUAUAUAUAAGGCCACCUCCUUCUGAUCAGUUAUGGUUUGGCUUCACAUCAAUGCCUGAUAUAGAGUUUGUCCUGGAGUCUUCUAUCGGGGAUCACAAGAUUACUAAUGGACACAUUGCUUUAUUCUUGAUCAACCGAUUUAAGGCUGCUAUACGGGAAACUAUGGUGCUUCCAAACUGUGAAAGUGCAUACAUUCCAUGGAUGAUGGCAGAAAAAGAUGAUUGGAUCCCUAGAAAUGUUGCCCCAUAUAUAUGGCUCAAUCAUGACUCGUCAUCAUCUUCUGAUAUUAAAACACCGCGUGAAGCUCCAGGUCCUCAUGUUACUGAAUCGAGAGCAAAUGAAAAUAGUGGGAGAGAGAGAGACUCACAUUAUGAUCUAGAAAGCAAGGAUUUGCUUCAGGGAGGAUCAAUGGAAUCUUCAGGUAGACUAUCAUCAAGCUCGUGCCCCACGCUUUCUCCUUGUGGAAGUUGGAGGUCAUUGCAAGAUCUAGGAGUUCCUUAUCCAUCUGAUGAACUACAUGAAUCAGGGCAACAGAAUAGAGCUGAGACUUCAUACCCCGCAUUCUAUAGCAGGUCUUUGAAAGAGUUAGAAACGCCGACCGAGGACAUUGAUGACAAUGAUUGGGGGCCGAAGCUGGGGAGGAGGGCAAAAUUGCGUGAUUUUAGGAAGAAAAUGGGGGAAAAACUCGGCGAAAAGAAACGUCACAUGGUUGAGAAGAUGAAACACAAAGGAUCUUGAGUUGUGUUGAUCCAAAAGGAACUAACCCAAAAGGUAUUUUUUUUUCAGCUAAUUUUUAAAGAGCUUAUAUUAUAGGAUGGAUGGAUGGAUGGUGUGGGGGUUUGUUUGUUUAUUAGAUAUAAGUAUAAUCCAUUCAAAUUCAUUGCUUCAUCAAAUACAACAAACUUACUAUUCUAUAUUUACCUGCUAUAGACCAUUGUUAAUGUUAUACAUUACCAUUUUUUUAACCUUUUAAAUAUUGUAAAUGUAUAGAAAGGUUUAUACAUCUUUGGAUUCAACUAGAUGGGCAAAUCAUGUAUUCCCAAGUGUAUCAAACAAUUUAUUUUGAUGUGAAAUCAUAACUUCCCAUGAUUUUGUUUUCAAUCUUAGAA